GUCUCGGCGUCAGAGCGACAGAGGAGAGAAGCGCUUGAACCCAAGGGGGUAUUUCUGCAAGCUUUCCCCCUACUCCUAAACACCCUUUUAAAAAAGCCAACGGCCGCCCUGGGAGAGGCCCCAGCAUGAAUCAUCCUCGCUUCCUGCCCCCUCCCGGCCCCGCGCUCCGGGUGCCGUGGAUUUGAACUGGACGCCGACGAGAACCCGCAAACAGGCAUUUCUUUGCAGAUGGGUUUGAAUCAGCCAAUCACAGCCCGCGGGGGCCCGCUCCGGGAGGAUGGAGGCGGGGGGGGGCGGGGCCGCCACCCGGGGGCCCCCGCCCGGCCAGGGAGGGGGCGCGGCGACCGGGCGGGCUCCCAAAGGCGCAGCGGGGGAGGAAGUGUCAGUUUGUGAACCUGCCGCGGCUCAGCCCUGGCCCCAGGCCGGGCCGAUGGGGGCUUCGCAACGCUGGGGGAACCAGGUGGCAGGAAGAGGGCAGGGGUUCAGACUGCGUCGGUCCCAUGCCCAGUGUCUGUGAGCGCUGCCCCAGAGAACAGAGAGAAAUCGGAGGGGGCUGGAGGGAGACGUGGUCACACCGCCGCCGUCUGGGGAGCCCACACCCCAGCAGUGCCUUGCUCGCGCAGGCCCCGUAAAGGCGCGCACGUGUGUUUAGUUUCACUUACUCCCUGGCACACUGCUGUGGGCAUCACCCUACACGGGCUCGCAGCAGCACACGGCCCCAACCUCGGAACGUGCACAGGACUCUCCUGCCUUCAGAUAGUCAUAACCCCAGGUGCCAGCGCCAGCAGAGGGAGGAGUCGGGAAGGGAGUGCAGGGAACUGACAGGGCGGCGUUGGACUGUAGUGGAGAGUGGGCGGAGGGGCACGGAGCCAGGUGAGCCCAGAGAGGGAAGGAGGGGGCGUUGACGAGGGCUUCAAACACCAGUGAAGGCCACAGUUUCUAGAAGGGCAUUGGUGGAUGGUGGACCUGUGGAAGAGUUCCGUGGAGAGGCAGGAGAGCGGCGUCUGGUGUACCAUUCUCCCUUGCCGGUGCCUAGCAUAGGGCCAGUGGAAGCUGAUGGAGAAUCGAGCUCCAGAUCCAGGGACUCGGGACUCCUAUGGUGCCACCAGCCACCUCCCCAACAAGGGGGCCCUGGCGAAGGCCAAGAACAACUUCAAAGACCUGAUGUCCAAGCUGACAGAGGGCCAGUAUGUGCUGUGCCGGUGGACAGAUGGGCUGUAUUACCUCGGGAAGAUCAAGAGGGUCAGCAGUUCCAAGCAAAGCUGCCUUGUGACUUUCGAAGACAAUUCCAAAUACUGGGUCCUGUGGAAGGACAUACAGCACGCUGGUGUUCCAGGAGAGGAGCCCAGGUGCAGUAUCUGCCUGGGGAAGACAUCGGGACCACUGAAUGAGAUCCUCAUCUGUGGGAAGUGUGGCCUGGGUUACCACCAGCAGUGCCACAUCCCCAUAGCAGGCAGUGCCAGCCGGCGCCUGCUCACGCCCUGGUUUUGCCGACGCUGCAUCUUCGCCCUGGCUGUGCGGAAAGGCGGCGCGCUGAAGAAAGGCGCCAUCGCUAGGACGCUGCAGGCGGUGAAGAUGGUGCUGUCCUACCAGCCGGAGGAGCUCGAGUGGGACUCGCCCCACCGCACCAACCAGCAGCAAUGCUACUGCUACUGCGGCGGGCCCGGAGAAUGGUAUCUGCGCAUGCUGCAAUGUUACCGGUGCAGGCAGUGGUUCCACGAGGCCUGCACCCAGUGCCUUAACGAGCCCAUGAUGUUUGGAGACCGGUUCUACCUGUUCUUCUGCUCCGUGUGUAACCAGGGCCCAGAGUACAUCGAGAGGCUGCCCCUGCGAUGGGUGGAUGUGGUUCACCUGGCCCUCUACAACCUGGGCGUGCAAAGUAAGAAGAAGUACUUUGACUUUGAGGAGAUUCUGGCCUUUGUGAACCACCACUGGGAGCUUCUGCAGCUUGGCAAGGUUCCUCUGAGGCAAGGAGAUCAAGAAAAAGAAGUGCAUCUUCCGCCUGCGCAUCCGCGUCCCGCCCAACCCGCCCGGGAAGCUGCUGCCGGACAGGGGCCUGCUGCCCAGCGAGAACCGCAACGGCGGCGCCGCCUCGGAGCUGCGCAAGAGAGGAAAGAGCAAGCCCGGUUUGUUGCCUCAGGAAUUCCAGCAGCAGAAAAGAGUGACUUCACCUCGGCCUGGAGCACCAACCACCACCUGGCCAGCAUAUUUGACUUCUCGCUGGAUGAAAUUCAGAGUUUAAAGAGUGCCAGCUCCAGCCAGACCUUCUUCUCGGACGUGGACUCUACGGAUGCCGCCAGCACCUCUGGCUCCGCCUCCACCAGUCUCUCCUACGACUCCAGACGGACAGUGGGCAGCCGCAAGAGGAAGCUGGCAGCCAAAGCCUACGUGCCACUGCGGGCAAAGCGGCGGGCAGCGGAGCCGGGAGGGCGCUGCCCCUCGGACAGCAGUGCAGAGGGGGCUUCGGGCCCUGAGCGACCAGACGAAGGCAUCGACAGCCACACGUUUGAGAGCAUCAGCGAAGACGACUCGUCCUUGUCCCACCUUAAGUCAUCUAUCACCAACUACUUCGGCGCGGCUGGGCGGUUGGCCUGUGGAGAAAAGUACCAGGUGUUGGCUCGGAGGGUCACACCCGAGGGCAAGGUUCAGUACCUGGUGGAGUGGGAGGGGACCACCCCUUACUGACUAGCUGUCAGGGACACCAGGAGCCCUGAAAACCAAAGGAGGGACAGAGGAAGCUGUAGGCUCCCCAGUCUUCUCCAGGCUGGAGAGGGGGAGGGAAGCAGGGCAGAGCUGCCAGUGCCCCGCACCAGGCCCUCCCACCUCCCUGCCAGGCCAGGGCCAAGGCCAAGGCCAGGGCCAGGGCCAGGGCCAGGCCGUACCCUCUGCUGUGCCAGUUCUGCCCUUGGGCCUCCUCGGGUACGGAAUCCCUCCCGUCUCUAAGGUCCCGCUGGCUGUUCUCCAGUUCUAUGCCUCCUACAUGCCCUCAGACUCCUGUUCCUCUGCAUUUGUGUCCCCUAACUGUGACCCCUUCUCCUGUGGUCCCAAGUUCUGUGUGCCCUUACCUCUCUCACCUCCCUUGGGUGUUUGUGUGUUUACACAACCCACAUGUGCACCUCUGUCCCUCCACUGGAUGACCUUCCCCUGGCCCUGGGGCAGCCAGCCCUCCCUGGGACUACUUUAUGAGAACAGGAACCUCUCAGAGAGAAUGGGUGACAGCUUAUGACAGGACGCCUCUCAGGGCUGCUCCCCCACGUUCCUGCUGCUCCCCCCUGCCCACGGAAAGAGGUGGUAGGGUGAGAGAAGACCUCUGAAAGCCUGUGGCAGAGCCCCUGGGGGCUGUCGCCAUCUGAGGAGGAGGGCACCAGCACCAGGGCAGUUACUAAGGCUGACAGAGAAGGCAGUCGGGGUCGGCUUUGGGGGUUCCAGUUUCCUUCCCUGGUCACACACCCUGGAGCUGGGCCUGGCCUUGCUGGAAUGGAGGCACCCUUGAAAAGCUGGGUGACCAGCAGGGAAGAGAAGGCUGGACAGGAAGCCUUAUCAUGUUAACCCUAACUGCUUCCUGUGCCUCCCAGCCCCCAUUCAUCACACAGAGCAGACAACACAUGUGCACACUGCCUGGCUUCCACGUGUGUGCUUUCACGUUCCAGGUGUGCAUGCGCACACAGCCACAGGUUCCCUCCCAGGCCAGCCUGGCUCUCCCUCCACUCUUCCAGGGCCCUGAGCGGCAACCGAAUGUGAAAGCCCAGCUCCUGCCCCUUCUUUCAGCCCCUGAACCAGCUUUGGCCCUUCAUGGGACCACAGGGGACUUGAACCUUUUUCCAUAUCCCCACCCUGCCCUGAAAUCGACAAUCACUUGGCGGGAUAUAUUGGGAUGUUUAAAGGGCCAGCAUCAUUCAGUCCCCUCAAAGGGAAGUCUUUGUUGGGUUGGGGGGAGAACCAAACCGGGAGGCGGAGGGGACCCCUCAUUUUUGCUGCUUCGAGAUAUUAGAAACUGACUCACUUGAUUGGGAAAUGGACAGAAGUGCCUUGGCUGGGGGAGGAGGGGCAUCAGAUGGGGUCCAGGCUUGCCAACUGCUGCCGUGGCCUUUGGCUUGGCUGGCUUUGCAGGCCGUCAGCUGGAAGGCGAGGGUGGGUGGAACAGAGGCAGUGGUGGAGCAGCAGGCCUGAGGAGCUGGGUUUUCCCUUACUAGGCCUAGCCGCCCUCUACCCCCAUCCCUGACUGUUCAGGGGUCCCUGAGAUUAGCUGCCCUCAGCCUUAAACCUCAGCUCUCUAGUGCCUUUCGGAGGGACUCACCUGCACGCAGCCCACCUGCUCCCUCAGGUAUGAGCAGGUGCUGGGCCCGGUUCUCCGCCUUCUCAGCCGCCCAGCUGCUGCCACUGAGGCCCUCAACUGGGACCAGGUGGAAGGGGUGCUGAGCAGCCAGCCCAAGCACAACAGGGGUGAGGAGUCUGGGAUCCAACCUGUGGCUCUCCGCCUACUCCAGAGAGCACAGCCACCCCUCACAGGCCUGCUCUUCAGGCUUCCAAGGAAGCUCAGGAUGAGGCGGCCUGUUACAGAACCUCUGCACCUUUCCCACCCGGGCCCCAGAGGCUCCGGGCUGGUAGAGGGAGGAGGACCGGAGGUGCCUUCCCCACCUGGGAAGACAGCACAAGGCCUAACCGGGUCACCCUGACUCCCAGCCCAGCCCUUCAUUCAUACCAGAUCGUAGCUGCAUUACUGCCAACUGACCUGAUGACCCUGUGCACCUUCUAAAAGACCCAUGGUUUUGAAUUGCUGCUUUUAAUAACAUUUGUUAUAUUAAAGUUAUAAUUAAUGUG